AUGUUCUCCCCACGCGCAAUCUUCCGUUUCAUAUACGGUAGUUUUUACUUCGUCCUAUGCUUCCUCCUCGCCGUCCUCCUCCUCGUCACUCCGGGCGACACCAUCUACCAGGCAUACUCCAACCAGCAGCCAUAUAACAUAUGGAUCAUCGCCGCAACUCUCACCCUUGUCCUCCUGAUCGUAUCAUUCAUAUACGCGACGCGGCUGUAUCUCAACAAGACAAUCCUCGCAUCGAUACCGAAACCAUGGGUUCCCAUCGAGAAGGGCGACGUGAACAAAAAGGUUCACGAGAUGAUCACGGCGGAUUUGAUGCGCAGCGCCGCAAUCGCAUAUGACGCCAGGCCGCGCAUCGAGACGAACACUGCAGGCAGCGAGGCGGGCGAAGCGGCCGCCGAAAAAACGUACACUGGGGGCAGCGAGGGGAAGAAGCGCUUCCAGCUCGUCAGUCUGAAAAAACCCGCGACUACGGAGAAAGAAACGGGCAUAGCUCUACCGCCCCGACGGCCGGUUUGGGGCGAAAUCGAACACUACGGCUGGUCAUCCCCGAACUCCGUCGAUCUACCCGACCUUCAGUAUAGCACUGUCCUCUCCGAACUCCCGAACCUCAUCGAAGCCAAGGCGCUGACCUCAGCACCACCCGAUCCGAAGUCCUCGUCACGUUCACCGAUGCUCGAUCCAGAUGCCGUAGCUCUGCUUCAGCGACCUCCGCAAAUGGGGUUGCGCGACUACUUCGGACAUCUGGCUGAGCUGGGUGUCAUUUCGCUUACUGCGACGGCCGCGGACUUCCUUGCCGCUUAUGAAUACGCACGAUUCUCCACCCGGCCGAUAUCCAAUGCACGGCAUCUUGGGUGGGCCAAUAUCAAGGUCCUCAAGUUUGAACAGUUUCGCCCAGACCCGGCCAGCAUAUGGGCCGAGUCACUCCUCAUCAAGCGCAAGCAUGAGAUCGAGGGCAUCCGGAAGCUCGGCAUCGGGCUCAGUCAUCCGUCUAGCAACCCGAACAGACUCGACCGAUUUGCCGUACGUGCUCACUUUGCGGGAGACCGCCUGAGCAGCCAACAUAUGAAACAUUACGAUUGA